AUGAGCCGGGACGGCAAACUCUCCGCUCCAUGUCGCCUCGCGCUCAAAGGCAUACCCCACGGCGAUCACCAGGAGGUGCGCACUCGGCCCUACACCCUCCCGAAUCCCACGGGCGUCGGCUGCGUCGCAAGUGCGCCGCGUCGUCAGGAUGUAGCCAACGCCGAAAUAAGACACGGCACAGAUAGCUUCCUGACAGCGCUGCCUCGUCGUUUCGGCGAGACGGCACCCGUGCUGCUGCGUCGCAUGCAAGGAAAGGAUGCACAUCGGUCCCUCGCAUACAGCCUUACAGGCGGCCGUCGAGCUCAGAGACCCAGAAGCAGUGCUGCUCGCAAGGCGGCGGCACCGUCCCUGGUCUACCGUCUAGAGAAGACACUCGGUCUGGUGCGAUCUACGGAGCGCCGACCAAGCGAAUCGAGUGCUGUGCACCGCGGACGUGUCCUCGAUUCUCCAGACGACGCUUGCGCGGCUGCCUGGAGAUCGUUGUUGUGUAUCUUGGAUCUGUGGUUCCUGGAUCGUCUACUCGACUCCCCGCCUUUCCUCACGCUUCCGAGUGCCUAG